CCCCACUAGAAGAUGGACUACGGGCCAAUAUCUCAUCUAACUGCCAUAUUUCUUGUUAUAUUUGGUCCAGGUCCAGGUUUGUGUUCUUCUGAUGAGACAAGACUAGUGAAAGACUUGUUUAAUGGUUAUAACAAAGUGGUGCGACCUGUAAACCAUUUCCAAGAGGCUGUGGUUGUGACUGUUGGACUACAGCUUAUCCAGCUCAUCAGUGUGGAUGAAGUUAAUCAGAUUGUCACCAGCAACGUUCGUCUCAAGCAGCAAUGGAAAGACGUGAAUCUGCAGUGGAACCCCGACGACUACGGUGGAAUAAAAAAGAUCCGAAUUCCCUCCGCUGACGUCUGGAAACCAGACUUAGUCCUUUACAACAAUGCUGACGGAGACUUCGCCAUCGUGCAUGAGACCAAGGUCCUGUUGGACCACAUGGGGAUGGUGACGUGGAAUCCACCAGCCACAUUCAAGAGCUACUGUGAGAUCGUGGUACUGUACUUCCCGUUUGACCUGCAGAACUGCAGUAUGAAGCUGGGCACCUGGACCUAUGAUGGCAAGCUGGUCAUCAUCAACCCGGACAGUGACCGGCCGGACCUCAGUAACUUCAUGGAGAGCGGCGAGUGGGUGAUGAAGGAUUACAGGAGUUGGAAACACUGGGUGUAUUACGCGUGUUGCCCGGAUACGCCAUACCUGGACAUCACCUAUCACUUCCUCAUGCUGCGCCUACCGCUGUAUUUCAUCGUUAACGUCAUCAUCCCCUGUUUGCUCUUCUCCUUCCUCACGAGCCUGGUCUUCUACCUGCCCACUGACUCUGGUGAAAAGAUGACCCUCAGUAUAUCUAUCUUGCUGUCUCUCACCGUGUUCUUACUGGUGAUAGUGGAGCUCAUCCCUUCCACCUCCAGCGCCGUCCCGCUCAUCGGCAAAUACAUGCUGUUCACCAUGAUCUUCGUCAUCGCCUCCAUCAUCAUCACUGUCAUUGUCAUCAACACACACCACCGCUCCCCCAGCACACACACCAUGCCCAACUGGGUCCGCAAGAUCUUCAUCCACACCCUCCCAAACCUCAUGUUCUUCUCAACGAUGAAAAGGCCGUCCCAGGAGCGGAAGGAGAAGUGGUCUGUUCCGCGUGACUUCGACAUUUCAGAGAUCUCAGGCAAACCGGUGCCCACCUUUGUUACCUUCCAGUCGAGCAUCACCAAAAACCCGGACGUACGCAGCGCCGUCGACGGCAUCAAAUACAUCGCUGAGAGCAUGAGGAGUGAUGAAGAGUCCAACACCGCUGCAGAGGAGUGGAAGUAUGUUGCUAUGGUACUGGAUCACAUUCUGCUGUGCGUCUUCAUGACGGUCUGUAUCAUCGGCACGGUGGGCGUGUUUGCCGGCCGCCUAAUCGAGCUCAGCGCACUCUAAGGGUGCGGAGGCCGAAACGAAGCCAGGGGCCGGAGUCCCACGCUGGCUCCCAUCACACAUCCCUGCGCUGGGCUGUGGCAGAGAAGAUGUCUGCUUAGGUCAUAUGGUAACUGGGGCAAAACCAGCCUUGUCUGCUGCCGAAAGAGGAGAUGGAGUCCCAUCUAAUGCAUACAUAUGCAUGCCUGUAUUUUGUGUCCACAAACACACAUUUGCAGUACAAAUUCUUGCAUUUUCUUAUGCCUCACUGGUAUUGUGAAAAGUGAAGACAAAAGGUUUCCCUGCAAUCUACGGCAACUGCAGCAGGUCAUGAUCCAUCGUUUGCCUGUGGCCAGAUAUAAGAAGCACCUAAAGCACGCGUGAUGCCCCACAAGCAUGUAAAUAAAUGCUUUGGGUGCACAUUCUUAUUAUGUGUGAGACUAGACUAGAAUUUUUAAA